CUAUCUUCCUUACUAGGCUUGGUUUUUAAGAAAAAAUACUAGUAAAAGAAUCCCUAUUUGUUCUUUCUCUCUCUCUCUCUCCCACCAAAUAUCUAUCCCUCCUUUCCUUUUUACACCAUCCCCAACCUACAUAACCCUAGUAACUCUCUCUCUCUCUCUCUCUCAAGAAAGUGAUGCACCAAAUAAGCAAUAAACAUUGAAACUUUUGAGUUUUUCAGUCCAAGAAUCAUGAUGAUCCAACAAGAAGAAAGAUAGAUAUAUAAAAAGCACACACACACACACACACAGAGUUGGGGAUGGCUGGCACAAGUUGUGAGGAGAAGCUCUUCUCCUCCGCCGCAAACCACCAAAACAUCCUAGUGUUGGAGGACAUGUACAGCCUAAACGAAACCCUGAUGAUAUCGCCGGACGAUCCAUGCGUUUUCUCAUGCGAAGGGAACGAGAGGCCCAGCCAAGGCCUCUCUCUCUCCCUCAGCUCCUCCAACCCUUCCAGCAUCGGCCUGCAGGCGUUUGAGCUCAGAUUCGGGCCGUCCAGCUCCCGAUCGAUCAAUUUUGAGCAGCCUUACUCACAUCCUGUCAACAAAUCCAAGUAUCUAAUCCCCGCACAAGAGCUUCUCUCUGAAUUCUGCAAUCUCGCAAUCAAUCAGCACCAGAUCAAGCCGCCCAAGACCGACAACGAUGAAAAGAAGCCCCCGCCCCCGCCCUUCUCCCUCGACCUCCUCGAGCUGCACACAAGGAAAACCAAACUCCUCCAAAUGUUGGACGAGGUGGACAGAAGGUACAAACACUACUGCGAUAAGAUGAAGUGCGUGACGUCGUCGUUCGAGGCGGCAGCCGGGGGUGGAGCGGCCGCGCCAUACUCGACUCUGGCGUCGAAAGCGAUGUCGAGGCAUUUCAGAAGCCUGAGAGAUGGGAUCGUGAAGGAGAUAAAGGCGACGAAGAGAGGCAUGGGGGAGAAGGAGGGGGUGAAGGGGGGGACUCCGCGGCUUCGGGUGCUGGACCAGAUGCUGAGGCAGCAGAAGGCUCUGCAGCAGAUGAGCAUGGUCGAGAACCAUCCCUGGCGGCCCCAGCGCGGCCUCCCCGAGCGAUCCGUCUCCGUCCUCCGAGCCUGGCUCUUUGAACACUUCCUCCACCCGUAUCCUACCGAUGUGGAUAAACACAUUCUAGCCCGCCAAACGGGCCUCUCCAGAAGCCAGGUUUCUAAUUGGUUCAUCAAUGCUAGAGUGAGGCUUUGGAAGCCCAUGGUGGAGGAAAUGUACUUGGAAGAACUCAAAGAGAAAGACACUCCGGAUCAGAAGCCGAGCCACGAUAAGCUCGUGCGGAUGGAUUCCGAGUGUCUCUCUUCUAUCAUCAAUAACAGCAACAGCAACAACAACAACGACGACAAAGAAAAGAGUAAAACCCUCCUCCAAAAUGAGCAGCACCAUUUCGGUGCGAUGGAGCUCAAUUUCUCGUCGUACGCAGGCGGUGGCGGUGGAGGCGGUGUUUCGCUUACUCUAGGGCUGCAGCAGCGCGGCGGAGUCGGUCUAGCGUUUUACCCUAGGGAUGAUCAAAUGGAGGAGUGCCAAACGGCGCCGUUUUCGCUGUUGGAUGGUGAGAAUCAGAGCUUCCAAUACCGGAGUUUGAUGGGAGCGCAGGCGCAGCUGCUUCAUGAUUUAGCUGGUUGAAAAAUACUAAAGGAAUAUUGGGAAAAUGGAUUGUCGGUGGAUGGAGAGGAGGUUUUUUGAAGGCUGAUGGUGAUGGAGAAACUUAUAUACAUGUGGUAUACUACAUAAAAAUUACUUGGACAGGAAAGAUUUAUAUGCAAUUUGGUGUUAGGUAUACAAUUCGGAUAUGUCCUUAUACAUAUAUGUAUAGCUAGUGUGAUUUGCACUUCUUUUCUUCCCCAACUGCAACAAUUUUUACUUUCCAUCAAAACCUAAUUUUGUCUC